AAGUAUUUUCGGAUCUAUAAACAAUGUUGGGCUGAUGGGCUCACCGUCGCUCACGCCUACGAUUAGUCACCGUUUACGUGCAUGUCAAUAAAUUUGUACUAAUUAACUGCAAGAAGUAAAUUUAUGCUCCAUAUUUAUACAAGUUGCAGAGCUCUGUGUACAAGGCUACAAUCAGCUGCGGAUAUUAAAGAAACUCACAAUAAUAUGCUGGUUUGUGUUUGUUGAAAUGCAACUUUGAUAAACUGCUGGUAUAGUGAUGCAUAUACCGGUAUAGGACUACAUACACAGUGUACAUGUAGUUUCCACUUGAGACAAGGUCACUCUAGCUUGUGACAACUGUUGAGCAGCUUGGUACCCUCAUACAUGUGUCGAUGUAAUAUUUGAGGAGCAUUCUAUCUCUGAUUUUCUUUGACAAAUUGCAAUAGUCAGUCAGACGCAAUGAUUGCUGGAGCUUAUUAUGGCAGUUUAAUAUUUGUGUCAGAUUAAAAUGGAAAUUAAAAAAGUGACAGUGUGUUUCUGUAUUCUCUAUGCCUCUGUGGAUAUAUUCAUGUCGGAAUUAGUGUCAGCAAGCGAUACAUGAAGGGUGUGACUGCCAUCAAUAACGGGGUGAAGAGCCUGCCGAAGGUUGGCCUAGGACCUCUCAUCGCUGGUCAACCCAAUGGACACCGUGCUCUACCGGACUCCAUGAGUAUGGAUGAGAACGAGCUACUGUCGGAGCCCAAGUACCGGGCCUACGUCACUGCGGUAGAGAAAGCCCUCAAGGCCUUCGAGUAUUCAAGCGAAUGGGCCGAUCUUAUCUCGGCGUUGGGCAAGUUGAACAAGGUCUUGCAAACCAACUCUCGAUACCGGAUCAUACCGAAGCGUCUGUUGAUCGGCAAACGCUUGGCUCAGUGUACACACCCUGCCCUCCCUAGCGGUGUUCAUCUCAAGGCAUUAGAAACGUAUGAUCUUAUCUUCAGAUUCAUCGGACCAAAGCUGCUAUGUCAGGAUAUGUUUAUCUACAGCGCAGGCCUAUUCCCUCUCCUGGGCAAUGCCUCUAUGUCGGUCAAGCCAGUUCUCCUCAAUAUAUACGAGGAGCAUUAUCUGCCGUUAGGAGAGCACCUGAAGCCCGCCCUAACUGGUCUUCUUCAGGGCAUCCUUCCAGGUUUAGAGGAAGGUUCGGAUUUCUUUGACAGGACCAACACCUUACUGGAGCAGCUAUGUGCUGGUAUGGUGAAAUCAAAUUUCUACGGUGCUUUGUGGGAGUGUGUACUGUCCAGUCCAGUGGUCAGACUUCCAGCCAUCUCCUUCAUCUUAUCUCAGGUGGACAGGAAACUGCCCAUCAGUGAACAGAAGUACUUCCUGGGCAACAAUAAAUGCAUUAUGGUAAAAGCUGUAUGUGCAGCAAUCAACGAUGCAGUGGUGCUCGUACAACGAAGUGUGCUAGACCUCAUCAUGAUCUGCUUCCCCAUCCAUAACUCUGGCUUGCAAUCUGAUGAACUCGCCGAGCUACUCACCGCAUCUCUCAGCGUCCUUCUCCGCCGGGACAUGUCCUUGAAUAGAAGACUCUUCUCCUGGUUGCUGGGUAUCGAGAACGGUAAGAAGCUGCCAACCUUGCCUCCCGCUCCUCCUGUGGGCAUGGACAAUUCUGCGAUGAUGCACCGCAGGACAAACAGUGUGCUUACAAAUGAUAGUAUGGUUAGCAACGAGGAUGAAGUGUCGGAGUACUUUGAGAUGCACUCUAAGCAGUUGUUGAUCCAGGGCUUGCGGAAGUGGCUCCACGACCCUCCCCAGGAUCCCUACAACAUGGACAGCAAACAACGCUUCUUCAAACCUUACCGUAUCUUGAUCAGUCUUCUGGAUAAACCAGAGAUCAGCACUCCCAUCAUUGAUGAGAUUCUCCUUGAGGUAUUCCUGGCAGUGUUCACCCACUGUACCAAGAGGAAGGCACCAUCAAAACCAGAUAAUUCUGUUCCCUUGGCUUCCAAUGAAGAAGCAGACUUUGCCAACUGGGAAAUGCUUCAAGGAUCGGAGAAGCCCAUCGAGCUGAUCAAGACUGCUAAUUUGCUCUUUAACUCAUUUGAACCUUACUUCAUCUGGGAAUACAUUGCCCAGAAGUUUGAGUUGUGCUGUCAGCAUAGUGUGCUUCGAGGUACUGCACAGAGCUUUGUCUCAACCAGCUCUACUAGUACUAACUUUACUUGUACCAAACUUUGCGUCCUUGUCAGUUUUCUCCUGGACAUUGUGGCCUUAGAAACGUACCCUGAAACCCCAACAGAAUAUCUUCCACAGCUCCUGUGCAAGAUAAUUAUGACUCUGACCAACUACUGUGGCUACCUGGACCUGAGUGACAUCCACCAUGCCCUUGGACUGUGCCUCAAACUGCUGACCAAAGUCCAGCCAUCCAUGGUGACCAGUCCUGAGCCCAAGACCGGGCUGAUACCGCAUGCUGACCCAGAACAGCUUCCUCAAGCACUCCUGAAGCAGUUGGAGGGGAUAGAGAAUGGAUAUGAUGUCAUAGAAGAUGAACGUAGUGAAGGCAGACAAGGUGGUGCUUCUGCCCAUAGAAGAGAAGGUGAUCAGUCUGAAAGAAAAGGGAUGGGUGUAGAAGAACCAAAGCUGGGUAAGGAAGGGGAAAAGCAGGACCAAGACCAGGAGGAUGAAGAUGAUGAGAGUAGUAAGCUUAUUGAUGCAAAAGAUAAGGAUAGUGAUGAUGAUGACUUAGGGACAGUGCAAUCGCUUGACCGCCUUUCCUCGCAGCCUCAAAAGUUCAGCGAGAACAACCCUCCUCCAACCCGUCUGCGCCGUCCCACGAGCCUUAGCAGCAGACAGGACUCCCUCUUGGAGGAGCCUUUGGACACUCCAGAACAAGCCAAGGUGAAGGACUGGAAACCGCCUAAUCCGAGCAUAUCUUCCCUGGGGAACAGCGAGAGUGAGAAGGAUGGACCUCCCAUGUUUUUGAUGCAGGCCUGCGUCCAGUGUUUCCAGACUUUUUUUGCAAAACUAAUCACCAAGAAGAUCUUGCCAAACGCGGACAUCGUGAAGUCGUGCAUGACCAAGCUUCAGGUUGGUGAUGUUGCUCCGCCUGACAAGGAACCCUCUGAGAAUGGGGAAGAAGAGAGUGGUGAUGCUUUAGAAAAAGACGGUGAUGAGACAGAGGUUGGUAAAAAGAAGAAGAGGAAAUCAUGGGAGGAUUUGCCUUGGAAACCAAAGAGUGACAAGCUUGAAGAUGUCAGGACAAGAACAGACUCUGCAUUGACAAGUGAUGAGGCUGCCAGGCAGUAUUUAGUUGAUGUGACUAUCAGUUGUACGUCAUCCAAGGUGCUAUGUCGGGCAUUCAGUACAGCUUGUAAUCUACUGGUUGAGUUUGCUUGCUUCCCAAUGUACUGCAAUGAGACCAUCUCAGCAUCGUUACUCAAGGCACCAAGAAUGAAAGGGAGUAUGCUAGGCCUACCAGACUGGCUACAGAACCUUCUGACCUGCUGCUGCUUCCUCAAGGACUUUGACACCCAGACCAUGGCCAUCUCAACAGUUCUGGAGCUCAUUACCUUGACCAAGUCAGUCAUGUCAAGUUCAGAUAGUAAGCUAGUACUACCCAAUCCACCCAACUCACCUAGAUCUGAGUCAGGGACUAUAUCGGUUGUACUCAUCCCAGCUAUCUCAUCUAAACAUUUGGAGUGCCUCAACUACAGCUCUAGCUUUUUCCAGAGAGUUGCAGUAUGUCUUUGGUCACACAUGAGCCCUCAGACACAAGUCUACCAUUCCCGCAGUGCAGAUCUGCUUCAUCAACUUCACAAUGCUACACCUGAUGUCUACAUCUGUGAAGAUAUCAUUGGCAACUCACUGGUCCAGAGCAAAACGACUGGAUCGUUGGAAGCUCAUACUAAAUUUGCUUUACUGUGGCACUUGAUACGAAGUCAGAUAAGAUCAAGCAGCCCUGCUUCAAAGAUCAGGACAUUUGAUAGAUCCUUAUUAGUGGUCCUGGACAGCAUGGAACACCCUAGCAGUAUGAUACGUUCUACCACACAGAGCUGGCUUUUGGAUGCCAUCAACCGUGGUGACAUAGCAAGGCUCCUUGAACCCAUUCUUUUAGUCCUGCUACACCCUGCAACAGCCAGGGCAUCUGUCCAGUUCCUUGGAGCGGAUGCCAUGCGAAGGAAGCAGAUGGAGGAGGAACUCCGUGAGCGAGAGCAGCACCUAGACAGCAUCGAGAAUCGUAUCUACAGUAUUGGCUCUGUCGACGGGGAGAUCAAGUUCUACGUCCUGAAAGACGGAGAGCAGAAGUUUGUCAUGAACGCUGGAAAGCAGGAUCCCGUCUUUGCCUGCACAAGCGUCGAUGACAAGAUGAACUUUGUGACGCGGAGUAACCUUGGUUUACGAUUCAGCCAGCCACCAGAUUUCCAUCACAAGCCCCUCAGUGUGACCAUUAAUCCGAUGAGUAUGAGUGCGCAUGCGUCCUUCAGUGAUUCUGAUAGUGAUGCCAGUGCACCAACCUCAAAGGCUGCAGAUAGGUCAUCAGACAGGAGGACAUCUGGUGGGACAAGUGUUGGGGAUAAAUCCAAGCUAAGCAUCAGUACUAAAGGGAAGGUGGCUGUAGAUAAGAAGGCAGACUCGGGUUCAGACACUGCGACUCCGGUUAGAGGUAGUGGAGAGGGAAGCACUGAUGACCUAUCAGUCUGUGUAGGCUAUGAUGAACCUUCUUAUGUGUAUAAUGAAGAGGUAGAUGAAUCCAUAGAGGAUGCUGUCAGAAGUAUUCUCUAUGCCUUGGUGGAUAAGGUUGUUUCAAACAUUGAGGAGAAGGAAAUUGAUGAAUCAGAUUCUGCUUCCGUUAGACGAGCACCCCCUGUAUCCUCACCACCUGCAAGUACCCAUCAUAGUUCUAAAGGCUAUGUGAGAGCCAAAGGAGGUCCUGUUGCACCUUCCUCCCCUGUGAAAGGAUCGGAAGAGUUCAUGUUGGACGAUCUAGAUGGGGUCAUGUCAGGCAUGGAAACUGAACCAACAAGUGACUCAGAAAUCACUUGGAGAUAUCCUCAGGAAUACUGUCAAGCAUUUGAUGAGAAACGCAUCCGCCUUUUGCCAGAGUCGAAACUGACUUCCUUGCAUCCGCUCCAGCAGCAUAUCCUGCUCUACGUUCAAGUGUAUGAUGAAGAGCAAAUCUUGCAUGUUCUUGCGAGGUUAAAAUCAAUCCUUCAUGCAUGCCCUCGGCAGUUUGUCUGUGCAAUGUCAUCCACGAAUAUCAGCAGUACAAACACUCCCCAGCUGAUCAAGCUCCAACAGCUACUUGCCCGUCAUAAGCGUUGCAUCACAGGAUGGGAUUUCUACACCCAGCUGGAGCAAGAAGCACUUCUUAGUUUCAGGAGCACCACCUAUCUUGAGGUUCUUAUCCUCACCUGUGUGUAUUUCAUGCGGAGCUAUUACCCACAGGAUGGCCGUGCCACAGAGAGAGAUGCUCUUGGGAACCGGGAUGUCCAGACAGCAGGCAUGGAAGUCCUUCAGCAUGUUUUGUUUGAACUAGUAGAUGUUGUUAAGAAUGGCGGUAGAGGACUAGCAACCUUUAUCAGUGAUCUCCUUGUCAGGUGCAAAGUCCAGAAGGCUGUUGUGUACUGUUUGCUGGCAUCCGUGUAUGGUGCAAGGAAGUCCAAGUCUACACUUCCGGACAAGGAAAAGACGAUCAUACAGGAUUCCUGUCCAGAACUCCUCACAGAGGGUGCCCAAACUUUCCAGAUUCAACUUUUGAAACUGGUCCUUACCAUCAUUAUUCUGGAAGAUCACCUCUUUGUUCUCAGGGAUUCUUCUGUAGAAACAACAGCAGGAAUGGACGAUGGGGAAUGGGAGUACCGCCAUCUCAAGUUCCAGUCCCAGAACUCUGCAAUGGGCUUCCUCAAGUCAGAGCGAUUGUCCUGUCAGGGUCUUCUCUUGACGGCGGUUCAAACAGCCCUCAAGCAGCACCAUAAUGCCAACAUGCACCGGCACUGGAUAGCCCUCAUAACAGACUCGUUACCUUACUUGGAAAGAGGUCUACCUAAGCUAGGAAUCCCCCUAACAAGUCAACUAUGUCGUAAUCUGGAAUCCCUUGCUGGUGUAUACAAAAUGCAAGAGAACAGUAAAAGCAGUGACAAGGAAGACCUUCCCCCUGAUCAUGUGAUUACCAUGCUUGAAGGUCUAACCAACAUCUGCCACUUCUGCUUGCUGGAGUCGUCGUCGAGCCUGUCGUCGAUGACGUCCAGACACAGCGCAUCCAGUCCUGUCAAUGACAGCGAAUCCACUCCAACAACUCAGAUCUUCAGCAGUUUGAUUGGUGCUCUGACAAGAGAUAAAUCAAAGGGUGCCACCACACCGACCAGUGGCCCGAUGAGCAGCCCGAAGACAGAGGCCAGGAAAGGACUGCUCGGUAUGCUACCAAGGAUCAUGGCCAGUAUAUCCCGUCUAUGGAGUGCAGUGCAGAGUGCUGAACUCGGUCGAGAUGAUCAGGAGAAGAAUCAAGAGACUCCUUCCUAUAGUAUGGGAACACCAAAGGCUGUUAGACAGCAAAUCAUGGAACUAUUGAGUCCCAUAGCCUUGCAUCACUCUACCAAUCUUCUAGCAGCUGUAGGAGUCGUUUGGAGCGAUAGCAGACGCAGGCAUAAACCACCAAAGGGAAAGGUCUUGGCCCAGCCUUCUAAUGAACAGCUAGUCCUGGUACAGUUAGUGAGUGCUAUCAAAGCCCUACCAACCGACACCCUGGUUCAGACCAUCAAACAGGUUCUCAAGGCACCACCCUUUACAAUCAGAGACAAGAACCAACCUGGCCUAGAGGUUAGCAUGCUACAGUUCCUGUAUGCCUAUGUUCAGAAGAUGGCUGUUGCUCCUCUCAGGGACUCCUGGCCUUCUAUCCUAGGACUACUCAAGGAUGCUCUACAACUCAACCUCUCUGCUCCUGCACAGUUCUUACUCCUUGGAAUUCUGAAUGAAAUCGUCCACAAGCUUCUGCCGUUUGAAGAGCGCAAGGAUCAGAGAGACCUUCAGGAGAUCAGCCAACGCCUGAUGGAAGCAGCCAACACCAUAGCAGGGUCAUCACUGGAACAGACUACGUGGCUCAGGAGGAAUGUCUCCGUCAAGAUCAAUGCUUCACAUAUCUCAGAAUCCGAUGCUGAUGCCUCAGAUUCAGCAGUUGGUCCAGAAUCACCUACAGAGGGCGCUGUCAAUAAUGGCAACAGUCCGUUGACCACACCCCCAAUCACAACCCCACCCGCACAACAGUCCUAUUCACAGUACAGCGUUCAAGCUCUCUCUCUGCUUGCUGAGUUGAUGGCUCCAUUACUAGACAUGGUGUACGGCAGCGAUGAGAAAGACAAGGUCGUCCCUCUCCUGACAUCAAUCAUGCACAAUGUUACACCAUACCUCAAGAACCAUAGUGCCCUAAACAUGCCUAGUUUCCGUGCCUGCACUUCUCUGGUAUCAAGUCUUAGUGAUUACCAGUACACCAGGAAAGCUUGGAAGAAAGAUGCCUUUGAUCUCCUUGUAGAUGCUUCAUUCUUCCAGAUGGAUACAUCUUGCAUAGGAGGGUGGAGAUGCAUAAUUGACAAUCUCAUGACACACGACAGAACGACGUUCAAAGAUCUUAUGACUCGAGUAGCAGCCUUGCAGAACACCUCCCUGAGUAUCUUUGCCAGCAAGGAGCAGGAGAUGGAACAGAGAGCUCAGCUUCUAAAGAGACUAAGCUUUGUAGUGUUCUGCAGUGAGAGAGACCAGUAUGUACGAUCGCUACCUGAUAUACAAGAAAGACUGGCUGAGAGUCUAAGACUGAGCCAGAGCCCUGUUGUUCAUGAACAGGUGUUCAUGUUCUUCCGAGUUCUCCUCCUUCGAGUUUCACCUCAUCAUCUGACGGGUCUAUGGCCUACCAUGAUCACUGAAAUGGUGCAAGUAUUCCUUCACAUGGAGGAGCAGUUGGCUAAGAAUGCCCAGGACGGUUCUAAACGGUCAGCUUUGGUCAGUUUCUUCCAGCUUGGUUCUAACGGUGGCAACCCAUUGAAGACAUUCCUUAAUCUCUACCUCGCCGCUUCAAAGUUCCUUGAUCUUGCGCUGUGCUUGCCUUCCGAAUCCCUUCCUCAGUUCCAAGUUUACAAGUGGGCAUUUGUUGGUGAGAGUAAUGAAGGUGAUUCCCAGACCAGAUUUGUACCUCAUAUUGCCAGAGUUACCAAGCUACUUAGAGCCAGGAAGAAACAGGACCCAAGCCUGAAUCACACCAUCAUGCAGAGAGCGAGCCAAGGGCGCCCCCUGUUGACCAUGCACCACAUCCGGUCGGUAGAAGAGCUCCUGCCUUUCUUCAAUACCCUGUGCAACAUGCGACAGUCGUCCGCCUCGAGACCUGCGACCACCUCCCAGGGACUGACCAUGACCGCUGGUAGCCAUGACAACAGGCAAAACAAUGUGAGGGACGACGGGGAGGAGGUGAUCGUCAUGGAAAAGCAGGAGAGUGGUGUCCAGUCCGCGAUGGCCGACGAUGAGCUGAUUGAGCAUUUGGUGGAAAGAGAUUUCCUCCUCAUAGCAUAAAGAAGUUAACAUAAAAUAUUUGAAUAUUUAAGUAAACUAGCCUAUUAAAAACAUGUAGAUGCAUACAGAUACCUGCAAAAAUUGGAAGAUGAGUACAAUCAUAUAUCUAUGGCUGCAUUUUGAAAACGACAUGUAGGUUAUGGUUAAGUUGUUUGACAGAGAUCCUUUAUAUUAUAGUUAUUUAUGACACAACCAGCUGAUAUUUAUUCCCGGCAGAGGAACUUCCUUGUUUCAAAAUACAAGAGAUGCUGCACAAACGUACAAAGCAUUCUGGAGGUUUUGAGAAUAUAAUCUGAGCUGAACAAGUUUUUGAAUAGUCACAUUUUAAAGAUCAAAAUUCAUCACGAAGAACAGCGAUACCUGGAUUGGUAUAUUAUCAGAAGAUUUUCAUUUAUGUAUGUGAGACUUUCUUCAAUUGCAUGUUAUUUUACAUCUGGCCUUAGGCAUAAUGCAUCAAUAAUUUUCUUUUACAAAGACCAAAAAAUGUUAUGAUAUCUACCGUACUGGAUGUUGAAGUUGAAAACAACAUGUCAUUAUUUUAAUUUUGGAAAUUAUGUAUGAAAAGUUUGGAAUGAUUUAUUUGACGAAUCUUUACAGGAUAGACUUUCAUUCAUUAAAUAUUUAUCAAACUUCAUCCAGUAGUUCAUUUGAUAGGUAUCCUGAAUAUCAAUAAUUACAUUAUUUGGUGGCAAGGUUGAAAGAUUUGAUUAUUUUGAUAGAUAUAUACAUAUAUAUAUAAAUGUAGCUUACAAUUUAUUAUAAAAUCUACCAAUUCAUAAGUAUUAUGCCUUGCCUUAGAAAUAUAUUGCACAAGAUUAAAUUUGCUUGUAUCCACUGAUCUCUAAUUUAAAUCUCCAUGUACAUGUAUCAUCUGCCAUUUGUGACAUCACAAUAGUUUUUCAUUUCAAUUGUAGAAUAUUGUUGGUGGGCUGUUAAAACCUAUAUUGCUCAAAAUUUAAAGUAUAAAAAGAUUUCUGCAGGAAUUAGUAGACUGCUUUAGACCGUAUGAGAUUGCCACUACAGCCGUAAUUUUAAAAUGCUGUUGUUUCUCAAUUGUCCUCAAAUUUUUUAAGAUGAAGUUUCACAGCUCACCGAUGAUAUACUAAAGCCUUGAGAAAAAAUCUUCACCUUAGAUCAUAAUUAAUCAACACAGGUAUUCUGAAGUGCAAUAUUUUUAUUUCAUAUUCAUUCAUGUUUAGGAUGUGUUUGGAAAAGAAAAAAAGUGUUCCAAUGAGUGUGUAGAAUUAGACCAACUGUAGUACCCAAAUUCUCAUUAACCAACAAAUCAAAUGAUAUAAUUGAUGUAUGGAACAUUAAAUGAAUAGUUCCUUGAAUAAUUGAUCCAAUUUUCUUCUACAUGUUUUAAGUAUAAUGUUACUGAUAAUGAAAAAGUAUUGAGUAUUUCAUUCCUAAAAAUUAAUCAUCAAUGUUAUUUGCUGUUACUUGAUCUAAGCUAGGCCUAAUAUAAGUCUGUUUGUUAGAUUACUUGAUUGAUUGGUUGAUUAAUUGAGAGAUUGGGGUUUUUUUACCUGAUCUAUCUAUACUUUACAAAAAUUUGCCUGAAGUCUUAUGCUGCCAAACAACUUUGUAAUGCAUAUUUUUCACUUUAGAGUUUUUGGUUUAGUAAUUGGUAUUACAUUUACCAAUUGUUAUCUGUCUGCAUUGUGCACUUGGGCUAUAAUUCAACCUAAGUUAUCUUCAAUCAUCUCAAAUCUAGGGGACCGUGCCAUUAUAGUCAUUAUCAGUGAUGUUACUAUCACAUUUUUGCUCUAAGCCAAUCAUAUAUACUGAUUUCAGGAGCUUUUAACAGAGCGGUGUGGUAUAGUGGGUCUGACUCUCAGCUUGCAAUCAGAGGGUCACAUAUUCAAAUUCCACCAUGGCCUAGCAUCCUUUGGCAAGGCGUCAAUCCACACUUUGCCACUCUCCACCCUAGUGUUGAAUAAGUACCCGGUAGGAUGCGAAAACCUAUGUAGUAUGCCUAACAAUUGAGUCGUAGAAUGCUCUCUAGGGAGUGGAAAAGGUGCAUACAUUGUAUGUUGGCAUGCGACGAUCCAAUGACCGGGGUAAUAAUAUAUCUGUAAAGCGCUUAGAGAUGUUCCAGUUUAUUAAGCGCUAUAUACAAGCGUACAAUUAUUAUUGUUGAAUUAACCAAACAUUUCCAACAGAUUUAAUAAAUUACAUGUGGGCAUUUGAUGUUGAGAGUAAAGUACUAAAAGGAGAUUCUCAUCCUUUUUUUUGGGGGGGGGGGUGGGCAAUUCACAAUGAGGUAAGUGUGACUAAAAGCUGUUUAGAGCCAACAUGCAAAUGCUAUUUAACAUGUCAUCUCGUACAUGAAGAUGCGGUAGCAUGCUUCCUCUAGCAUGAUCUGACCAAAGCAGUGAUUUGUUAUCUACCACACGGAACUAAGUUUGUAUAUGUGAUUGUUAAUCCCUUUUCGUGAACCUAUUCCACUGUGCCAAGGUUGAGAUGUCCAUCAUAUUACCAGAGUGACCAAGCUAAUACAUGUAGAGUCAUGCUGAUAUUUUCAUUGUGUUUUAAUUCGCAAAAUAAUAUAUUUUUUAUUGCAGGAAUAUUGUAGUAGGUUUCACGGUACACCAUGUAUCUUUCUUGGGCAGAUGUUGGUCCUGAAAAGGACCACCCAAUCGAAUAUGUUAUGUCUAAACCUUUUAUAACAUGCUUGUCGUUUUCAUUCUAAUUCAUAUCAUUCCAUUCUAAUGCAUGAGUCAAUGUCACAAAAUAACUUUGAUGAAUAAAAUAUUUUAGGAUAUCUUGUGUAAAGUAAAUAAAAGAAAUCAACAUUAUUUUUGCAGGUAUAAGUAUACAUGUAGAUUUAAUUUGGAUUUUUUUCUUCCAAACUGCACUUGAUUUUUGAACCUAUUUACAGAAACUAGGUUUGCUGGUAUAAAGUUAAUGGGAUUUUAAAGUACGUACGAGAAUGUGGUAAUCAAUUUGUUAAAAAAUUAGAGCUGAUCUAGGGAGUCUACCACUCAAAAACUUUCAUUAAAAAAGAAAAAAAAAUAAUGUAAAGAAAGACAAUUUAUAUAAAUUUGUUGAAUAUUAUUUGGGGGUACCAUAUUUGUACAAAGAAAUAAUCUGCCUUUUACAAUUUAUAUGAAAUGCUGCUUGCUUGGUACAGUGUACAUGUAUAUGUAACAAAUGUGAUGUUAGAAUUUUGUUUAUGGAAGCGUAUAAUUGAAAUUAUAUUUUGGGGUUUUAUGUACAAAAACAUAUCUGCCUUUUGGACAAUGAAUCAUAGUGAUUACUAGAUUUGUAUUUUAUGAAAACAAUCUCUAUGAGUAGCAAGUGAUUAUGAUGUUGGAGUAAGGCAAAGGCAUGAUAGAAUGCUCCGAAGAAGCCACCACAUUUUUUGGGGAAAUGUUAUGGUGUACAGUUUUUGUCACUGAAAGUGACUUUAUUAUUUAUAUGUACAUAUUGGUGAAUAUGUUUUUUGGUACAUUUGUACCAUAUACAUGUAGUAACAUUAUUAGAAAUUUACAUGUAGGUAUACAUGAAUAGAGUAACUUGAUUUUCGUCUAGUGGUAUCAUUUAAGCCAAGAAUAGAACUUUAUGUAUAUUUACCACUUUCCAUUCUUUCUGCAGGUAACUUUGUGAUUCGAAGAAAAUAUAGUUCAUUUUAUUGUUGAUAAAUGUAUAUUCAUACACGAUCUCAAUGAAACGUCAGUACUGGUAUAUUAAUUCCUUUUGGGACAUUUAUUUAAAUUGAUUGUACAAAUGUACUUGCCUUUCUAUGACAUGAAAUCUUAUAUUUCUAAUUUGUGUAUAUAGAUUCUAUGCUUUCUCUCGCCUCGUGAAAUCUCAUUUGCUUUAAUAUGGUCUUGUUUUCCACAAAAUGAAAAGAAGAAUUAUUUGUCUCAUUUAUAAUUGUAUGUUGUGAGAAAUGUGUUGGAUUGUGUAUCUUGAAAGGCUUAAUGUUUUCAUGUGGCUGCCUAUAGUAGGUUUGGAAUGGUGAAUGAAGUUUAUUGGGAAUAAAGAAGAAAACAGAA